CGAUGGAAUAUAAGAGCUAGCAGUAUAAACCAGCAUCCACCAGCUGGAUUGCAAACCCAAAAAGGACCAUUUUUUUUCUGUUUCUCUCUCUACAGACAUACGUUAUCCAUACAACUCAAAGUAACAGUCACCACAUUAUAUUCACACACUAUUAAUAUGGAUUCUUGAAUAGAAUUCAAUUCCAGUGGCUUCACCUAGCUUCUUUCCAAGGAACCUCAUAUUACUCUGCAAACUUAGCUACUAGAAAAAACAAUAUAUCUUAUAUACAUUUUCAACCCACUUCCGUUUGGGUUUUUCUUAACUAUUUUAAUCCUUUCUUUCCUAGUUUUUUAUUUUUAUUUUAUUGGGUGUUUCUUUCUAAAAGUGCUUUUCCCAAUGUGGGGAUUUGGGAUCACUCUUGGGGUUCCAAGACUCGAUUUUUAGCACAGAUUUGACAUUUUUUCCGUCAUUUUAUAAUUUCAAGCUGAAUCUUGAGGUGGGUUUUGUGUAUUUUGAAGCGUUCCAUCAUUUUUUUUUUUUUUUUUAGCAAAAAAGCGGGAUAUUCCACUUGUUUACCUCAGAUAAGCGUAAGAAUCUUGAGGUUUCCUUUUUUCACAAAAGCUGCUUUUUUAAGCUAUUCCAGUUGUUUUUAUGCAUUGCAAAGUUGAAUCUGAGGUGGGUUUUUUUGAUUUAAAGAUUUGAUUUUUUUAUUUUCGCCCCCUCAAAAAAGUUGGUUUUUGAUAUCUUGUGAGUGGUAAUGGAAACCAGAGGGAGGCUUAUUGCUGGCUCUCACAAUAGAAAUGAGUUCAUUCUCAUCAAUGCCGAUGAAAUUGGAAGGAUUAAGUCUGUUCAAGAACUGAGUGGACAAAUAUGCCACAUUUGUGGGGAUGAAGUGGAGAUAACUGUAGACGGGGAGCCCUUUGUUGCGUGCAACGAAUGUGCUUUCCCAGUUUGCAGGACUUGCUAUGAGUAUGAGAGACGAGAGGGAAAUCAGGCUUGUCCUCAGUGCAAAACCCGAUACAAACGUAUCAAAGGUAGUCCUAGAGUGGAGGGCGAUGAUGAAGAGGACGACAUUGAUGAUUUGGAACAUGAGUUUGAUUAUGAGGAUAUUGAGGCUUUGGGCCACACACAGAGUACAGGGGUGAUUCCUGCUGUACGUGGUUGUCAUAUUGAUUCAUCUGAAUCAGCUGCAGGCUCAAGACAUGAUUCAUCUUCCAAGGGUCUUGAAAUCCCUCUGUUAACAUAUGGUGAAGAGGACAAUCAGAUUUCUUCUGAUCAACAUGCUAUCAUAGUACCACCAUUUGCCAGUCAUGGCGAUGAGAUUCAUCCAUCUUCUUCUGGGACUUCAGCUCCUUUACAAUCAAGGCCUUUGGUUCCCGACAAGGACAUUGCUCUAUAUGGGUAUGGAAGUGUUGCAUGGAAGGAUCGAAUGGAGGAGUGGAAAAAGAGGCAAAGUGAUAAACUUCAGGUGGUCAAGCAUCAAGGAGAUAAUGCUGGUGACAACCUGGAUGGGAAUGAAUUGGACUCAGACUUGCCUAUGAUGGAUGAAGGUAGACAGCCUCUGUCGAGGAAAUUGCCCAUUGCUUCGAGCAAGAUAAGCCCAUACAGAUUGAUAAUUAUCCUCCGCCUAGUGGUUCUUGGCUUCUUUUUCCACUAUAGGGUUCUCCAUCCAGUUCAUGACGCAUUUGGCUUGUGGCUGACAUCAGUUAUUUGUGAAAUAUGGUUUGCUGUUUCGUGGAUACUUGAUCAGUUUCCAAAAUGGUUUCCAAUUGAGCGAGAAACAUACCUUGAUCGCCUGUCGCUUAGGUAUGAGAAAGAAGGAAGGCCAUCUGAGUUAGCUGACAUAGACAUCUUUGUCAGCACAGUUGAUCCCAUGAAAGAACCUCCAUUGAUUACUGCAAACACGGUUCUUUCCAUCCUUGCAGUGGAUUAUCCGGUUGAAAAAGUUGCAUGCUAUGUGUCGGAUGAUGGUGCAGCCAUGCUUUCUUUUGAAGCACUUUCGGAGACAUCUGAAUUUGCUCGGAAAUGGGUUCCCUUCUGCAAGAAGUUCAAUAUCGAACCAAGGGCGCCAGAAUGGUAUUUUUCUGAGAAGAUGGACUAUCUGAAAAACAAAGUCCAUCCAGCAUUUGUGAGGGAAAGGCGUGCAAUGAAGAGAGAAUAUGAAGAGUUCAAAGUUAGGAUCAAUCGUUUGGUGGCAACGGCACAAAAGGUUCCUGAGGAAGGUUGGACGAUGCAGGAUGGAAAACCUUGGCCGGGAAACAAUGUUCGUGACCAUCCUGGAAUGAUCCAGUUAUUCCUUGGUCAUGAUGGUGUUCAUGAUGUUGAAGGAAAUGAAUUGCCUUGUCUGGUUUAUGUUUCCCGUGAAAAAAGACCUGGUUUUGAUCACCACAAAAAGGCUGGAGCCAUGAAUGCACUGGUGCGGGUUUCAGCCGUUCUAUCAAAUGCUCCUUUCCUUCUGAAUGUUGACUGUGAUCAUUACAUAAACAACAGCAAGGCACUGAGGGAAGCUAUGUGUUUUAUGAUGGAUCCCACUUCAGGAAAGAAAGUUUGCUACGUGCAAUUUCCUCAAAGAUUCGACGGGAUUGAUCGUCAUGAUAGAUACUCAAAUCGAAAUGUUGUGUUCUUUGAUAUCAAUAUGAAGGGUUUGGAUGGUUUACAAGGACCAAUCUAUGUUGGAACAGGGUGCAUCUUCAGACGGCAAGCUCUUUAUGGAUAUGAUGCUCCUGUCAAGAAGAAGCCACCUAGCAAGACCUGUAACUGCUGGCCAAAGUGGUGCUGUUCGUGUUGUGGGUCUAGAAAGAACAAGAAAGGAAAAAUGAAGAAAGAUAAGAAGAAAAAAUUAAAGCACAGAGAAGCGUCAAAGCAGAUAUAUGCACUUGAAACCAUUGAAGAAGGAAUUGAAGUGAAGAACUCUGAAAACCCAUCUCGCGUCUCCCAAGAAAAACUCGAGAAGAGGUUCGGCCAAUCACCUGCAUUCGUGGCAUCAACUCUACAAGAAAAUGUUCCCAAGGAUGCUUGCUCCACAACUUUUCUGAAAGAGGCCAUUCAUGUCAUCAGCUGUGGUUAUGAAGAUAAGAGUGAAUGGGGAAAGGAGGUUGGAUGGAUAUAUGGGUCUGUUACGGAAGAUAUCUUGACGGGAUUCAAGAUGCAUUGUCAUGGCUGGCGGUCAGUGUACUGCAUCCCUAAAAGGCCAGCAUUCAAGGGUUCGGCUCCCAUCAACCUCUCGGAUCGUCUUCACCAGGUUCUUAGAUGGGCUCUUGGAUCAGUAGAGAUAUUUUUUAGCAAACACUGUCCCAUCUGGUAUGGAUAUGGAGGUGGAUUGAAGUCAUUGGAAAGGUUUUCCUAUAUAAAUUCAGUUGUAUAUCCCUGGACUUCUAUUCCUUUGAUUGUAUACUGCACAUUGCCAGCCAUCUGCCUUCUUACAGGGAAAUUUAUUGUCCCCGAGAUUAGUAAUUAUGCCAGUAUUAUAUUCAUUGCCCUAUUCAUCUCCAUUGCUGCAACUGGCAUCCUUGAGAUGCAGUGGGGUGGUGUUGGAAUUGACGACUGGUGGAGAAACGAGCAGUUUUGGGUUAUUGGAGGAGUUUCCUCUCACUUUUUUGCUCUCGUCCAAGGAUUACUCAAGGUUUUGGCUGGUGUCAACACAAAUUUCACCGUCACCUCAAAAGGAGGAGACGAUGGAGAAUUUUCCGAGCUCUAUAUCUUCAAAUGGACAUCGUUGUUAGUUCUGCCUACAACAUUAUUGAUCAUAAAUAUAGUCGGGGUUGUGGUGGGAGUUGCAGAUGCCAUCAAUAACGGUUAUGAUUCUUGGGGUCCAUUGUUCGGUAAACUUUUGUUUGCCUUGUGGGUUAUUCUUCACCUCUAUCCUUUCCUCAAGGGACUGAUCGGGAAACAAGAGAAAAUUCCGACAGUAAUUAUAAUCUGGUCGAUUCUGCUGGCUUCAAUAUUGACUUUGUUGUGGGUACGAAUCAACCCAUUCGUUUCACGAGAUGGACCCGUACUGGAAAUCUGUGGACUUAACUGCGAUGACUGAGAUACAGUCAGGCAGCUUACACUUACGUGGGCUAACUGCGAUUUCUAGGGACAUAUAAGAGGUUAGAUGAAUAGUAUACUCGAGAAAUGUGUAGAUAUAAAUAGGUGAGAACUGACUCAUAUUUUUUGAAAUGGUUUGAUCAUUCUUUCGUUAAAUACGUUGUUUUGAUAUUUUGGCGUCUGUCGAAAACUACCCUACUGUUCAGUAUUCUUCUUCUUGUGGAUUUGAAUUUACCAGUUUCACCUAUUACUUCUGAGCUUCUGUUGAGUGUGUCAUCUAGUGCACUCGCAAGAUUUUGUCAAUGAAAAGAGACUGAUUUAGCUAA